AUGGGGCGGAUAGCCACUCGAGUCUCUAACACUGCCACAAAACUUGGUCUUGAAUUUGAAAUUGAUAAGUCUGACCUUAUUCAUUUUUAUCGCCACCCUAACCACUCUGCCAACCCCAGUCUUCACCUUACCCUGAAUGGCAAGAACUACACCAUACUGCCCCAAGGAUGUAUUCGUUGGCUAGGAUUCUACCUAGAUAGAAAGCUCACGUUCAAAGAGCAUAUCUCCAACUCCGCCAACAAAGCUAAAGCCAUCAUAGCCGGAUUAGGAAUGCUAGCCAACACACAGCGUGGACUCACCAUCAAACACGCGCGCAUCCUUUACCUCACCUGCGUCAUCCCAAUCCUUACAUAUGGAUCCCCUCUGUGGUUUCUGGGGCGCAGACAGAAGUCGUUGCUUGAACCGCUUAGGAAGGUCCAGAACCAAGGAUUGAGAUGGCUUCUUGGAGCCUUCAAAACCACUCCCAUCCCCUGUCUCGAACACCUAGCAUCUAUCCCACCCCUGCACAUCACGUGCCACAAGCUCAUCAUGAACUACUCAGCGAAGCUCAGAACCAUCCCCAAGUCAUCCGAAGUUGCUAAACGUCUCCCUGCAUCAUGGGACACGCAUACACCCACCCUUAACAGCAACAGAAAGAACACAACUGAGAGCUUACAAUCCCCCAUCCACUUCAUUGCAUCACACAGUCACCCACACAUUGAAUUUGUCUCGCCUCACAUUAACCACCCAUCCAACCCAACCAUUCCAUUCCCUGAUCAAAUCAAAAUCAAGGACUCCACUGACGGACUUAAGCGCGACGAAUACCGCGACAAAAUCCUAUCCAAAAUUAGCGUACUUGAAGAAUGUCAUGCCAGCGUUCUUGGCUACUCAGAUGGGCACGCGGCGGUGUCCAAUGGCAUUCGGAAAGUCGGCGUCGGCUACGUUAUACGUGCCGGAAAAAGGACCUUGUCAUCGUCGUCAGUUGGAAUUGGACCGCGAGCCAACAUCUAUGAUGCAGAAAUGCUGGGAAUAUUAUUAGCAUUCAUGAAAGCUAAACAAAUAGCCGAAAACCAAGGUUAUCGCAAAAUACGCAUAUAUUGCGACAACCAGUCCGCCGUUAAAUCUAUCACCGACCUAUCACGACAUCCGUGCCAAUACACAUCCAGAGCAUUCGUCACCGCCGCCAAGGCAUUCGUGACGGGACACCCAGAACGAUCCAUCCACAUCACCUGGACACCUGGGCACAACGGAGUCGAAGGCAACGAAACAGCGGACCGCUUGGCUAACGAGGGAGCUAGAGUGGCCCCAAACCCCAUAUUCAAUCGCACCAUUACAUGGGCGAAAGAACAGGCAACUCGCAAAACCAUACGUUCAUGGAAGAAAGCAUGGUACGAACACUCGGAAUCACGUAUCAACUCGAAAUAUUACAUACCCCGCCCACCCGCACUCAAACUACAUCCCAUAUUCAACUCAAGCAAGCUGGGCAGGGACAUCGAGUGCCGCCUCGUACAAUACCUCACCGGACACGGGCAUUACGGCGAGUACCAUGCACAAUUCCACCACGACGUAGAUCCCAGAUGCGCCUGCGGGGAGUCGGAGGAGACAAUCUUUCAUUUAACCACCUCCUGUCCCGCUACGGCGGGACACAGGGGGAUACUCAGUGAGUUUUCCACCAACAUUAAUGACCCCACACUGUUUGGCUCCCUGGCAGGUCUCGAAGCAGUCGCAAAGUUCAUAGCCAAGACGGGCAUAGGCCGAAGACGAGGAGGCCCGCAGGCAGCCGCUCAAGCCAUGUAG